AGAUUCUAGGCCAAGGAGUAACUGAGCUGCCUGCAUACAGAUCCACUAUCCCUGCAGCCUCAUAAACAACUGCUCAAAGCGAGAAUCAGAACCCCAUUCCUGGUGCUCAGGCUUCUAGAACUGAUCGGUUUUUAUUUGCGGCCAAGAUAUGGAUCAAUCUUUUGCUAUCCAGGACACAUUAGAAAAAGGAGAUACAUGCCUUGUCGCGGUGCAAGGAAUCUUGGUAUCACCUUACACAAAUGAAAGCCGACUUGUGGGACUGGUGAAGAACAGAGAAACAUUAGCAAUAUUCUUGUACAAGCACAGGAGAAUGGCCAUUUGUGCUGAUGAUGUUUCACUGGAUGAAAUCAUUCCACUGGCAGAAGGUGUUAUCAUACAGCAAGUGAUGCCAGCAGAAGGUUUUUAUGUUAUUGGAACUGACGUAACCCUCAGAAUUAAGUCCCUGGAUAUUGACAUUGUGAUGCAGCUUCCUUUUGGCUCCCACACUCAGGAGUUCCUCCGAAGAGUUAACCAGCCUAUUCAAGAAGGACUUCCUGCGUUCCCAUCUCAGCAGUUUGUGUGGCUAAGGAAAUACUGGCAACGAAACAUUCCCAGUGUAAACAGCCUAUUUUUGAACAACAUGAAUUAUGAGGAAGAAAGGCAACUUUCUGGGUUGGAUAUUAAUUUGGUGUCAGAUCUUGAAGCUGAUAAAAUGGCCAUGAAUGGGCAGUGGAUUAAAGCCAAUGAAAGAGUUGACCCCUCCCGGUCCCCACAGAUGUCUGUCAGACACAAUAAGACUACUUUCACAGACCUGGUGAGAUCAGCAGAUGUACUCUCAGCAAACAAAGCAGAGAUGGUACCUUUCACUAAAUUUGGUCUGCGAGACAAUUUAAUUAAAUCUGAACUUCUCAAGAAUGAAGACACCUACAUUUCAAUUCAGAAUUACAGGUUUUUUGUUGGAACAUACAAUGUGAACGGACAGUCUCCCAGGGAAAGCUUGCAGACCUGGCUUAGCCAAGACUCGGAACCUCCUGAUCUAUACUGCAUUGGGUUUCAAGAACUUGACCUCAGCAAAGAAGCUUUUUUUUUCAAUGACACACCCAAGGAAGAAGAGUGGUUCAAAGCUGUAUCUGAUGGUCUGCACCCUGAGGCCAAAUAUGCAAAGAUAAAAUUGAUACGCCUAGUUGGGAUAAUGCUGCUGCUGUAUGUCAAAAAGGAACUUGCAGUUCAUGUCUCUGAAGUGGAAGCAGAGACAGUGGGAACAGGAAUAAUGGGGAGGAUGGGUAAUAAGGGAGGCGUUGCCAUCCGUUUCCGGUUUCACAACACUCAUCUGUGCAUUGUAAAUUCCCACCUGGCUGCUCAUGUUGACGAGUUUGAGAGGAGAAACCAGGACUUCAGGGAAAUCUGUUCUCGAAUGCAGUUUGCCCAAGCAGAUCCAACGCUUUCACCAUUAACCAUUCACAAGCAUGAUGUAGUGUUAUGGCUUGGAGACCUGAACUACAGACUGAAGGAUAUCGAGUUGGAGAAGGUUAAGAAACUUAUCGAUAGUAGGGAUUACAAAACUCUCCACAAAUUUGAUCAGCUAAAGCAGCAAAUUGAUGGCAAGGCUGUGUUUGAAGGAUUUACUGAGGGAGAGAUAAUGUUUCAGCCCACCUACAAGUAUGACCCUGGCACUGAUGAAUGGGAUACAAGUGAAAAGUGUCGCACUCCCGCAUGGUGUGACCGUGUAUUAUGGAAAGGCAAGCAUAUAACGCAGCUGGAAUACCGAAGUCACAUGGCUUUGAAAACCAGCGACCAUAAACCUGUCAGCUCUCUUUUUGACAUUGGGGUAAAAGUAGUAAAUGAAGAAUUAUACAAGAAAACAUUUGAAGAGAUUGUACGCUGUCUUGAUAAGAUGGAGAAUGAUUGCAUACCCUCUGCUGCUUUAUCACAAAGAGAGUUUCACUUCAAAGAUGUGAAGUAUAGGCAACUGCAAGUACAGACUUUUACCAUUCAUAAUGAUGGACAAGUUGCUUGUCAGUUUGAAUUCAUCAGAAAACUCGAUGAAGAAUCCUACAGCAAGCCUUGGCUUAGAGCUAAUCCAAGUAAAGGAUUCCUUACUCCAGGUUCAAGCAUGCAGAUAGAGUUAGAAGUAUUUGUCAAUAAUCAAACCGCUGCUGCACUCAACGCAGCUGAAGAAAAAAUUGAGGACAUUCUUAUUCUGCACCUUGACCGAGGGAAGGAUUUCUUUUUGUCAGUGACAGGAAACUAUCUGCACAGCUGCUUUGGUUCCUCUAUCCAAAUGCUGUGUUACAUGAAUGGCUACAUGAGGGACACGUCCGAAGAAACCAUUACACAAUUGGCCCAAAUGCCCUUACAGAUGAAGGAUAAUUUUCUUGGUGCAGAGAAGCCUGCUAAAAUCCCCAAAGAGCUCUGGAUGAUGGUGGAUCAUUUGUAUCGUAAUGCUUCUCAACAGGAAGAUUUGUUCCAACAGCCUGGUUUAAUGUCAGAGUUUGAAGCCAUCAGAGACUGCCUGGAUUCUGGAUAUCCAGAAUCCCUACCUGGCAGCAACCACUCUGUUGUAGAAGCUCUAUUACUGUUCCUGGAAGCACUUCCUGAGCCUGUCAUUUGUUACCAGUCUUAUCAGAAAUGUCUGGAGUCUAUUGGAGAUUAUUCCAGCAGCAAAGAGGUUGUGUCUAUGUUACCUCUGCACCAUAAAAAUGUCUUUAAGUAUUUGAUCUCCUUUCUGCAAGAGAUGUUAAAUAACUCUGAGAAGAAUCAUCUGGACAUCAAAAUUCUAGCAAGUAUAUUUGGAAACUUGCUGCUCCGACCCCCACCUGACUUGCCAAAACCCAGCAACUCAGACAAGAGGAGGUGCCAGGAAUUUGUCCAACAAUUCCUCCAGCCUGAGGACCCAUGAGCAUCACCCAGAGUAAAGUAUUUGCCAGCUUUCACUCCAGUAUUUUACUCAGCAUCAAGGAGUUUCAACAGCCACCAUCAAUGAACAUUAGACCUCUAAUGAUUGUAAGUUUUUAUUUGUCCUAAGGACUGUCUAAAUAUAUAGUGCAUUCUGUGUACUGAACUGAAAAGAUGGCAGGCUAUUGUGUGAAACUUGCACUUAUUCAUCACCAUGGUUCUCUGCCAGGAAACAAACCUGUAUUACAACCUGUGCUGAUUUCAACAAUGGAACUGGUUGUGAAAUUGGAUUUCCAUACUUUUAAACUAAGUGUCCAAAGAACGUGGCAGCCUUUAAAAGAACAUGACUGUUUCACUUGUGCAAACACCUAGUUUUAUAGGUGUGUUUACAGAAAAUAGCUCUGAUAAAUCCCAUGGGUUACGACACCACUUCUCUAUAUUCCUUAAGGUGCUCUUUUUGCAGACAGCAUUGUCUCUAAGAAAGUCUCACAUAACCGCAAGCAGUUAAGCACCUUGAAGCGAAGAGAUCUGUGUUUGGAGAGAGAAACACAUGCAUGUGCCAUAACCAGUGGCAUAAGGGAGGCUACCCGUUUAGAACCCCCUCAACUCCCAUGAUUGCCCACGGCUGGGUCCUAGGACCUGUGGGUGAUUGGGUUUGGCCCAGGUAUGCCACUGUACGCCCCUGGCCUUAAACAUUAAAGUUAUUUCACUUUUAUCAGAAACAGUUCUUUCAAUUGGGAAAUUUUAAUUGAGACAAAACAUCUCAUGUGUUGAUGACUGUUUGUAAUUCCAAAGUUUGUAAAACAUUCAGAAAUGUAACAGUUCACGUAAAAAAACAAUUUUUGCCAUAUAAACAGAAAAUCUGUAGCUUUUGAGAUAUUCACUUCAGAAUGGAUCCCUUUGCUAAACCUUCACUUCAUCAUGGUCCCUCUGCUGGUGGGGGUUUCCGCUCAUCAAGAACGCUACAGUCACCACUUUCUUGUAUGAUGUCACACAUAGUGCUGGCAGAAAAGGCUUUAAGAUCACUUGUGCCUGUGCAGUUAUUUUCACAGCUUAACUCCACAUCUGGCUGCAUCUCCUGUCAAUCUGCCUCUGAUUUGAUACAUCUGCUUAGUGUUUUGUGAGAGUUGUUAAUUUGCAAGACACACAGCUUUCAGUACGAAGGGGGAGGGCCAGCAUGUGAGGAGAGAAAAAUCUCUCACUUUUUGGGACCUGGUGUGCCAUCAUGCUUUAAGGUAGAAGUCUGUUAUCUGUACAGGUUUUUGUGACUUGAUGGAGGUGUAAGGAAAAGAUUAUGGAGGGGCUUGUGAGAAGAGAACUGUAGUUUUUCGGCAUGGGGGGUGCAGGCAAAUGGUGUUAUUCAGAGGGAAAAGUCAGUCACUUUUGGGCAGGGUGUGUGUAGGGGUUGCUAGCUUGUCAUGUGGUCAUAUAUGCAGAAAGAAUUUCAUAUUUGUAUAUAUAAAAACAUUUUCAAACAAAAUGCAAAGUAAAAAGAUAAGCUUUGUGAUAUUCUGAAUCUGUUUACCUAUGUGUUAAACAAUAAUGCUCACAAGAUGGCAGCCAAUGAAAGGUAGCAAUGAAGCACCUGAUUAAUUACCUGGGGAGGGAAGCAUCAGUGUCCAAUAGGAAAAAAGUAAGGGAAAAGCCUGGGGGUGGUGAUGUAAGCAGCAUAUAUAAAGUUCUCAGUGUGUCAGGUUCAAAAUUCCCCACUCCCAUUCCUUCAGAAAACUGAGAGAGAGACAGUUGAAGGAAUGACUUUUAAGGUAUAAAACAUUUACAAUGCACCUUUUGGUUUGUUUUUGUUUUUUUAAUUUUUUUAAAAGAUUUUCUGACACAGAGAGAGCAUUGUUAGUAGUUUUAUAGGAUUUGCACAUUGAAAGUGAAAAACCCCAUUAAAUAUGUUUCGCCGUUAGAUUAUUCCAGCACUGUCAGCAGCGGAAUAUUGCCAUUUAUAUUUUAAGUCUUGAGUAAUAAUUUGUAGGAAACAUUUAAUUAACUAGGAUCUUACCAAAAUACCUCUUAUACAUGUGAAAGUACAUUAAGUGCCUUCCUGACUUUGAUAUUACAAUUCCCAGAAUUUUGCAGACUUUUUUCUUGCUAUUUUGCUUUAAUACAGGUCGUCCAAAAGGGACUUUUAAUUACUUUUAGUACAGGGAGAACGUAAUUUAUUGUACAAGUUUUAGUCAUGUGAAAAAUUCACUAGCACUAAGCAUUGUGUAUAACACUGUCAGCAGCGGAAUAUUACCAUUUAUAUUUUAAGUCUUGAGUAAUAAUUUAUAGGAAACAUUUAAUUAACUAGGAUCCUACCAAAAUACCUCUCAUACAUGUGAAAGUACAUUAAGUGCCUUCCUGACUUUGAUAUUACAAUUCCCAGAAUUUUGCAGACUUUUUUUUGCUAUUUUGCAUUAAUACAGGUCGUCCAAAAGGGACUUUUAAUUACUUUUAGUACAGGGAGAACGUAAUUUAUUGUACAAGUUUUAGUCAUGUGAAAAAUUCACUAUCACUAAGCAUUGUGUAUAACUGAUGACAUUACUAAGCACCAUUUAAGGGUAUAUUUUACAGGAUAUUCAUGGUUGUAUUGUAUCCUAUAUGCUUAGUGAUGUCACAGGACCUACUAAAAAUUUGUAUUAUAGGAAAUAUUGUACCCCUUUACUAUUGGAAGUCAACUUGGGAGUCACAUGACUUACAUUCUUGUGCCUUUGUAUCUUUAUGGAACUCUUUUAAUAUCCUUAAAAGUGACUUUUAAUAUCCUUAGAUUUUACAACAGAGGGUACAUUAUUACCUAUAUAUAAACAAUAUAACCUCACUGUAUCUCUCUCUCUCUUUAUAUAUCUAUAUAUAUUUAUAAAAUUAUAACAUAAAAACACUAGAUUCUAAUAAACAUUCAUAAUAGAUUAAAGGAGCACUGCUGUUAGAAUACAUAUGUUCCUGCUUACUAGUUCACCUAUGUUAUAGAUUGGACUGUUUUAUUCAGUGUUGAAAAUGAACUGUAGAAAAUGAAGACAAAAUUAUUAGAUGUCCCAUUCUUCCUCUUUCUGGCCUGAAGCUGGGCUUACUUAACCCAAUGUAUAGACAUAUUGAUAGUGGGGCCCUCUAUUACAUAUCUUCCAUUCUGACUUCCCAACUGCUGUUUGCUUGCAAAGCUAAGCCUAAGAUUUGUCCUGCAAAACCUGAAUUAAAAAAAUGAUUUGCCAUAAGCAAAGUUUAAUAACACAUCAGAUCAGAGUAAUGGAGGGGACCGUAUGCCUAAGCCUAACCUCUUCUGCUUGAACCAAUUACCUCUGUCUGCCUCUAAUAACUUUUGUUGCACCCUUUAGUAGAUUUAGAUAAUGUUACAGUAGCUUCCUCCUGCUGCAUUAUAUUAUAUAGAGGACAAAUUGUACAAAAAUAGAUUUUCAGUUCUGUUAGGCUGUUACUGUGUCUCACUUGGUUCCUGUAAAUGCUGGAUCAUUAUUAACUCUCAAUAAAACAUAUUUGUAUACAUGCA